AUGCGCGUGGGAGCAGACCCCCGACACGGGUCUGCCAUCUGCGUGCUACACGACUCGGAAGGAGGCGAGUGGAGCCCUGUAGUCCAGGUCGCUGCCCGUGUCCAGCUAGGCGAGCCCCAGGUGGAAGCCCAUUUUGCCGACCUAGGUGUUGUCCGCUAUGCCAGCCAUGACGAGCUGGAGGCACUCCUUGCCUACGACUCUGACCUCCAGACCACCACAGACAACACUACCUUCUCUCUCUGCUCUCAUGCUGUGGCUGUCUCAUUCAUAGAGUCGCAAAUCAUGGGCGGCGCUGAGCACGGCUCCCGCGCUCGUGCUACCCGCUCCAGACGCGCCGCACGGAAUGCUGCGCAGCCCAGUCGGAGUCAAGCCAACAACAAGGGGAGCAGGUCCAACAAGGCCAAGGCGGACAGAGCCAAGGCCAAUGACGACGACGACGACGACGCCACAGAGUCUUCGUCAAGCCGCUCGGCUCGUCGCUCGCGCUCGGCUCAGUCCUCGGCUCGCUCGGCUGCUACCCGCAAGCACGCCUCGGCCAGCAAGACAAAGAAGAAGCUGUCGUCGUCUUUGGCAAAGAAGCGCUCUCGCUCACGCAAAGCGUCAGAGUCUGAGGAAUCAGACAACGAGGUCGGCGACGAGGAGGACGAGGACUUGUCCGACUCGGCUUCAGACUCCUCGUCAUCGCUACCCAUCCCGCGCCAGACACGCUCCCGCGGCCGUGGCGGUGCUGCCACAGGCAAGUCGCAGGCGAAUCAGGCUCGCAAGCCUGCCAAGCGCGGCAGCGGAGCACGCAAGUCGCAGUCUUCCGCAUCCAAGCCGGCCACCGCCCGCAGAGGCUCGCGCUCCUCCGCCCGCGAUUCACCGCAGGCCGACAAGGGAAAGCGGGCUACCGCCGGAAAAACCCGCAAGUCGCCGUCGCAGCAGCAGAGCCAGUCUCCACACGCCUCCGAGACCCAGCCCAUGUCGCGCGCCGACCGCGCUCGUGCCCGCGAGCUGCAGCGUCUCGCCGAGGCCUCGUCGUCAGACGAUGACGACAACGAUGACGACGAAGAUGAGAGUGAUGGCAACGACGAUGGCGACGAGCCCAAGCAUAGCCGCGGAGCCAAGAGCGAUACCGCCCGCCGAGGCGCAAAGCCGCAGCCUAUGGAUGUGGCCUCGGGCCCGGGCUCUCGCCGCGGCAACGGCAAGGUCAAAGUCAAAGCCGACGACGACGAUCAGUCGUCAGAUGGCUCGGCUUCGCAGCGCUCGCGCUCGCGCUCAAACUCGCGCCCGCUGCCCUCGCGCAAGCGCAAGCGAUCGUCCUCGCGCCGCUCGCGCCGCUCGCGGUCGACCGACAAGCGCUCUGGCGACGACCGCUCCGACCGCGGCCGUGGCUCUGGCGACGACGGCGGCGACGACGACCACGGGCACGACGACGGUAACGGCAGCCGCAACGAGGUUGGCAGCGGCCGCAGCCGGCAGGCCGGCAAUGACGACGACGACGACGCUGGAUCGGACGACGACGACGAUCGCCAGCACGACGACGGUACCGGGUUCUACGCUGCUGGCCGCCGCCAGCGGAAGAGCAAGUACCGCAAAACCUCGCGCGGGCGGACCGCAGCCGACUCUGGCCGCUCUGGCCGCUCCAGCCGCCACCGCGCCGGCCGCUCGUCGCGUCCGCGGUACCUGCUGAAGCGGCCGAUGGCCCGCUCCCGCCGCGCCCAUCAGAACUCGUGCGUCCGUCCUCAGCCGCUGGAAACCUACUUCCGCGCCUCAGGUAAGGGCUUUGUCCAUCGCGCCUGCACCACCAACGAGACCCUCAUCCAGCACCCGUUCUACCCCAUGGUCUUCGCCCCUGUCAAUCUCUCCAAGCUCAAGUCGUCUUCACUUGACGCUGCACCCUCGCCGGCCGACCGCAUGGUCCGCCAGCUUGUGGUCUCGUCGACAGGCUCGGACCAAGAUACCGACGCCGACGCCCGCCAGCCUGCGCCCGACUCUACCGCCACCGCCACCACCGCCAGCGCUUCUGCAUCCGCACCCGCCUCGGCGUCGGACAACUCGCGCAAGCUCCGCAACUCACUCGCGCUCCUCACUCCGAACAUGCCUAUGCUUGCCGGCGGAUUUGCCAUGGACAAGUGCUAUCUCAUCUUUGGUGAGGCGCUCCAGCGCGCACCCGACAACGCAUGACACUCUCACCCACGCUUGGCCGACUUGGCCGGCUUGCCAGCCCAAGAAGCGGCCUUGGCCGAGAUCCGCC